AUGGAGCCUUCUUCAGGCAAGGUCACUGGCAGCAUCAACCCGGGCGAGGGCGGUGUGGGGCUUAUUGGCGAGUACGAGGCCGAGGUAGUGGCGAGCGCGUCGGCGGCUGGCGGCGUGGCGGCGUCGGACGCCAUCCUGCUCGACUCGAUGCUCGAGACGCGGUAUCUCAUCGACUCGCCGGCGCAGUUGGCAAUCAAGGCUGGCCACUCGACGGUGCUCAAGGCUAUCAAGGCUGUGGUGGCUGGGCUUCUCAUUCCGCCGCCAUUUGGUUGGAUCUACGCUGCGGCGCGAACGCGCCUGGUCAAGGCAGGCCACGUUGGUCUCUCGACGAACGGCGGCGUGCCCGAGCUGCUUGGCCCCGGGUGGCACUGCAUGCUCUCGCCGCUGCGAUCGUGGAAUGGGCAAGUCGCGGUGACCUCGGACAUCUCGCACGGCACAAUCAGCGUGGUCACUGUUGCCGAAGGCACGCUUGGCUUUGCCACCGACCAGGCAUUCCAGUCCUGCUCGUCGUAUGACCUCUCCGAGCCGAUUGUGCGCAUCGGACCGUAUACGCUGGUCAUUGUCCGCGCCGGCACCGUGGCGGUGACGUACGACGACGGCAAGCUCGACAUCAAGCCGCCAGGCUACCACGUCCUCCGGCACGUUCGCCAUCAGGCCCGCGGCUUCCUCAACGUCACCGACAUGUUCGACGAGGUCGACUCGCUGCAUCUCCUCACCGCGGACAUGGUCUCGCUCAACCUCGACGGCACCGUCCACUACACUAUCACCGACGCUCGCGCCGCCGCCCUCAAGGCCGGAAACAUGGACGAGGUCCGCCGGCUUGUCCGCCGCGAGGCCGUCGCGUGCAUCACCUCCACCGUCGCAAAGUCGCGGGUCAACGACAUCGGCUGGCCCGCCGGCGGUGAGGGCUCCGGCGCCGCAGACCCGGCCAUGUGGGAGAGCCGCGUGAGCGGCAAGGGCGACGAGCACUACGCCGGUGGCUACGACGACAAGGCUGCCCUCUUCGACGCCGCCGUCCGCACCCUGGCCAACAUCGGUGUCCGGCUCAUCAAGAUUGCCAUCCGAAAGUGGGCCAUCUGCGACACGGGCAUCUCCAACAAGCUCGCCACCCAGUCGGUCAUCCGUGUCCACCGCCUCGAGAAGCUCGACUGUGCAGACGUCGACCGCAAAACGCUCGAGAUCGAGGCCGAGGCCCGCGCAAACGCGCUGCUCAUCGAGGCCCGUGCUGCUGCAGAGGCCCGCAUCAUCUCGGCAGAGGCCCGUCUAGAGGCCGGCCGCCGCCUUGCUGAGCUUGACGCUCUGCUCGGCCCUGGCCAUGCCGCACGCCUCGACGUGCUCGAGGCAACAGGCACCGCUCUCGCCGCAGGCAACACUAGCACCGUCUUUGUGCCUGGCACAGACGUCGCCACCGCCCUCAUCGGCAAUCCUGGCUUUGUCGCGCCGCCGGAGGCCCGGCCGCGCGCCGCCCAGCCUGGCCCGGCCAGCUCCGAGUCGGGUGACCUCGUCGCUAGCUUUGCGUAG